UUCAAAACCAAAUACGGGAAGCGAAUCGUCCAUGUAACGGUGACAGUGAACGACUCUGUCUUCAACCUGACCAACCUGACUGAGCAGAUUACCCGGGAGGAGGUGAUCCCCAUCCCGGGCACGGUGAACGGGGUCAAUGCCCUGGGGCUGGUGGUCUUCUCCAUGUGCUUUGGCCUCAUCAUCGGCAACAUGAAGGAGCAGGGCCAGCCCCUCAGGGAUUUCUUCGACAGCCUCAAUGAGGCUAUCAUGAGACUGGUGGCAAUUAUCAUGUGGUGAGUAGUUGGUGUGUGCAUGGGUGUUUAUAAGGAUGGUGUGUGUGUGUGUGUGUGUGUUAUGAUGAUGGUCCAAUAAUCACAUUCAUUAGGUGAGUGUGUGUGUUUAUGCGAACCCCCUGCAUUGCAUGUGGUUCAUGAUUAGAUCAGGCACAGAGAAAUCUCCACAUCUACAGUGGGGAAAAAAAGUAUUUAGUCAGCCACCAAUUGUGCAAGUUCUCCCACUUAAAAAGAUGAGAGAGGCCUGUAAUUUUCAUCAUAGGUACACGUCAACUAUGAUAGACAAAUUGAGGAAAAAAAAUCCAGAAAAUCCCAUUGUAGGAUUUUUAAUGAAUUUAUUUGCAAAUUAUGGUGGAAAAUAAGUAUUUGGUCACCUACAAACAAGCAAGAUUUCUGGCUCUCACAGACCUGUAACUUCUUCUUUCAGAGGCUCCUCUGUCCUCCACUCGUUACCUGUAUUAAUGGCACCUGUUUGAACUUGUUAUCAGUAUAAAAUACACCUGUCCACAACCUCAAACAGUCACACUCCAAACUUCACAAUGGCCAAGACCAAAGAGCUGUCAAAGGACACCAAAAACAAAAUUGUAGACCUGCACCAGGCUGGGAAGACUGAAUCUGCAAUAGGUAAGCAGCUUGGUUUGAAGAAAUCAACUGUGGGAGCAAUUAUUAGGAAAUGGAAGACAUACAAGACCACUGAUAAUCUCCCUCGAUCUGGGGCUCCACGCAAGAUCUCACCCCGUGGGGUCAAAAUGAUCACAAGAACGGUGAGCAAAAAUCCCAGAACCACACGGGGGGACCUAGUGAAUGACCUGCUGAGAGCUGGGACCAAAGAAACAAAGCCAACCAUCAGUAACACACUACGCCGCCAGGGACUCAAAUCCUGCAGUGCGAGACAUGUCCCCCUGCUUAAGCCAGUACAUGUCCAGGCCCGUCUGAAGUGCAUUUGGAUGAUCCAGAAGAGGAUUGGGAGAAUGUCAUAUGGUCAGAUGAAACCAAAAUAUAACUUUUUGGUAAAAACUCAACUCGUCAUGUUUGGAGGACAAAGAAUGCUGAGUUGCAUCCAAAGAACACCAUACCUACUGUGAAGCAUGGGGUUGGAAACAUCAUGCUUUGGGGCUGUUUUUCUGCAAAGGGACCAGGACGACUGAUCCGUGUAAAGGAAAGAAUGAAUGGGGCCAUGUAUCGUGAGAUUUUGAGUGAAACCCUCCUUCCAUCAGCAAGGGCAUUGAAGAUGAAACGUGGCUGGGUCUUUCAGCAUGACAAUGAUCCCAAACACACCGCCCGGAAAACGAAGGAGUGGCUUCGUAAGAAGCAUUUCAAGGUCCUGGAGUGGCCUAGCCAGUCUCCAGAUCUCAACCCCAUAGAAAAUCUUUGGAGGGAGUUGAAAGUCUGUGUUGCCCAGCGACAGCCCCAAAACAUCACUGCUCUAGAGGAGAUCUGCAUGGAGGAAUGGGCCAAAAUACCAGCAACAGUGUGUGAAAACCUUGUGAAGACUUACAGAAAACGUUUGACCUGUGUCAUUGCCAACAAAGGGUAUAUAACAAAGUAUUGAGACACUUUUGUUAUUGACCAAAUACUUAUUUUCCACCAUCAUAUGCCAAUAAAUUCAUAAAAAAUCCUACAAUGUGAUUUUCUGGAUUUUUUUUCCCUCAUUUUGUCUGUCAUAGUUGACGUGUACCUAUGAUGAAAAUUACAGGCCUCUCUCAUCUUUUUAAGUGGGAGAACUUGCACAAUUGGUGGCUGACUAAAUACUUUUUUUCCCCACUGUAUGCUUUGGAAUGCUAAGUCUACCUAUAGAGUCUCCUGCAGAGUUGGGAGUUACUAUGUGUAGCUUUAUUUAGCCUCUUGCCUGAGGUAUUGCGGUGAAUGAUCUGGUAACUAUGUACAGGCAUGAUCUGAUAUAGGUCUUUAGGGUUACUGAGAUAAUUGCAGGACCACAAUCUCAUAAUUGGCCAACAUAGAACCGCCUCAGGGCAUGUAGCUUCCUGAUGCUAAAUGCUUCCACAGAUGAAUUACAAGGCUUUGUAACCAAACCAGUGACAUGUUCACUCAAUUAAAUCCAAAAUAUUCCCAGUCAGAUAUUUGACAGAUUUAAACCAAGUUUUGUUUAUGAAUAAAGGUAAUUUCAUUGCCCGUGCUUGCAGUCUCAGAAUGCACUGAUGGUUUCUCAAAUGUCUGUCCGUGAGAGACUAAACAUUUUACUAUUCAGGCCUACAGUAUUACAUAGAAAAAUAAGUCCCUUUUAACUAUGUAACCAUAUCCUUCCCCGGCAUAACCUCUUCUCCGUAUUCUGCUCUACAGGUAUGCCCCAAUCGGUAUCCUGUUCCUCAUAUCGGGGAAGAUCGUGGAGAUGGAUGACAUCACUGAGAUGGGUGGUCAGCUGGCCAUGUACACCAUCACGGUGAUCAUAGGCCUGUCCAUCCACGCUUUCAUCAUCCUCCCCGGCCUGUACUUCGCCAUCACACGGCUGAACCCCUUCAUCUUCAUCAUGGGGCUGGUGGAGGCUCUCAUCACAGCCCUGGGAACCUCCUCCAGGUUGGUCCCCUUACAUGAAUCUCCUUCUGGCCUGCUCGGACUACCCCACCAGUAGCCUCGCCUGACUUGGCCCUGACUCAUGAUAAAUCAAAGCCUAUUAGUAGGGUCAGGAGUGUUUCCUGUUUAGAUUGUGGUUAGGAAAAAUUCUCGGCCCUGCCUAUGAGACAUCACCAUCCCUGUUAGUAGAGUUACUAAAGUUGACCCCCUGGAGAAUAUGGUGAAUAGAUCUAAUACAAAAGAAACUAAAACAACAACCACUCAAACACCAUCCGUUUCUCUCUCCGUCUCUAUCUCAGCUCAGCGACCCUUCCCAUCACCUUCAAGUGUCUGGAGGUGAACAACAAGGUGGAUAAGCGCAUCACGCGGUUUGUGUUGCCAGUGGGCGCCACCAUUAACAUGGAUGGAACAGCACUUUACGAGGCUCUGGCAGCCAUCUUCAUAGCCCAGGUUAACAACAUCGACAUGAACUUAGGUCAGAUCAUUACAAUCAGGUAAGAAUGAGUAUCUAAGGUUAAUAAGCUAAGGGUUAUGUUUACAGAAUCAAACGGUCUUGAUAUGUUUACAACUACAUUACAUGAUUUGGGCCUCCUGUAGCUCAGUUGGUAGAGCAUGGCGCUUGCAACGCCAGGAUUGUGGGUUUGAUUCCCAUGGGGGGCCAGUAUGAAAAAUGUAUGCACUCACUAACUGUAAGUCGCUCUGGAUAAGAGAGUCUGCUAAAUGACCAAAAUGUAAAUGUAAAUUGAUCAAGAUAGGAGUUUAUAAUAUAUCAUUUUGUGUUAAAAAACAGCAUCACAGCCACUGCAGCAAGUAUUGGAGCUGCUGGAAUCCCACAGGCUGGACUGGUCACCAUGGUGAUUGUGUUGACCUCUGUCGGACUUCCCACUGAUGACAUCACCCUCAUCAUUGCAGUUGAUUGGUUCCUGUGAGUAAUUUUUUCACAUUUUCAGAUUGAGAGGGGUUGCCUCAUGCCUAAGAACAGCCCUUAGCCAUUGGUAUAUUGGCCAUAUACCACACACCCUCAUGCCUUAUUGCUUAAUUUAAAAGGUUGAACAUCCUUUUUUAUCAACUACAACCCUAGUGACACACUUGUGCUAUCCCUAGGGUCUUGCUCCACUUUUUUGAAUUGCAUAUUUUUUGCAAUGAGUUUUAACAUAGAAACAUAAUUAGGUUGCCCAAAUUAAUAAUUUAUAUUAGAAUUCCCUUCCCAGAAAUUACACAGCUAAUUGGGUAGUGAGAAAAAAUCACUCUCCUUAAACUAGGAGGGAUGGAAUGUGCAGACAGAGUCAAAACUUCAUUUAAUGAAAACAUGGAUGUUUCUCACAGUGAUUAGAAAACGAGAUAGCCUAUAGGGAGUGUUCUGACUACUCUUUAGCGGUAGAUUGGAAUUGUCUCUGCUGAUAAUGCUGUGGACUAUUGCCCAUCUGCAUUCUUUCGACUAUGAGAAAUAUCAAGAUAAACUAAUCUUUCAUCAACAGCAGGAAACAGGUGAAGGUUUUGAGCUGUUCCAUAUAACAUGACCAAACGUCCAAGCGGACAUAGGCUAAGGUUUUCUUUUCAAAAAUGAAUGUCCCGCCACUCCUCUCGACCUCUGUCUCUGACUCCUUCACCCUGGUUAAGCUUUUUCUUCUUACCUUAUUCCUGGAUUGUAGUGACCGGCUGCGUACCACAACCAACGUCUUGGGUGACUCCAUUGGAGCAGGCAUUGUGGAAUUCCUAUCUCGACAGGAGCUGCAGGCCAAGGAUGUGGAGAUGGGGAACAUUGUGCUGGAGGAGAGGAAGAAACCAUACCAGCUCAUCUCUCAGGAAAACGACUACGAAAAAGCCAAAUGCCCGAACACUGAAAGCAAGAUGUAG